AUGUCUGACCCGGUAGUUCUUCAGUCUGCGGUUCGAGUGCCCACCCCUCCCCCCGGGGCUGCCUCGCCGACGGCAGCAUCGCGAAAACGGUCUCCUCCUUCGCGAUCGCCGUCCCCUCAUCGCCGCCGUUCGCCGCCGGGAGACUCCCUCCGAGAUGGUCCAGAUAUCCCUGCCCUCGAUGAAGAACGCGCCAUUGAGCGGGAGCGACAGCUCGCCGAGCGCGUUCGAGAGCAUGAAAAGCAAGAGGCUGCUCGCAAGCCGAUGACCGAAGAGGAGAAGCAGGCCGCAGCCAAGGCCGAGUACGAGAAGCUUUUAAACAUGCGAUCAGGCGGUACCUAUAUCCCUCCAGCCCGUCUGCGCGCGUUGCAGGCCCAGAUCACCGACAAGACGAGCAAGGAGUACCAGCGCAUGGCUUGGGAGGCACUCAAGAAGUCGAUCAACGGCCUCAUCAACAAAGUCAAUGUCUCCAAUAUCAAGUACAUCGUCCCGGAACUUUUUGGCGAGAAUUUAGUUCGGGGACGCGGCUUGUUCUGCCGCUCUAUCAUGAAGGCUCAGGCAGCUAGUUUGCCCUUUACGCCCAUUUACGCGGCAAUGACUGCUAUCGUCAACACCAAGCUGCCACAGGUUGGCGAUUUGCUGAUAUCUCGCUUGAUUGUACAGUUCCGCAAGGCAUUCAAGCGGAACGAUAAGGCUGUUUGUAUUUCGGCUUCGACCUUUCUCGCCCACCUCGUCAACCAUCAAGUCGCCAAUGAGAUGCUUGUUGCACAGAUUUUACUCCUUCUUCUGAACAAACCUACGGAUGAUAGCGUGGAAAUUGCGGUCGGCCUCACCCGCGAAGUUGGACAGCACUUGGAGGAAAUGAACCCCCAGAUCGCGAACGCUGUGUUUGAUCAGUUCCGAAACAUUCUACAUGAAGCCGACAUCGAUAAGCGAGUGCAAUACAUGAUUGAGGUGCUCUUUCAGGUACGCAAGGACCGAUACAAGGACCACUUAGCGAUCAAGGAGGAGUUAGACCUGGUGGAAGAGGAGGAUCAAAUCACGCAUCAACUGGGCCUGGAUGAUGAUGAGGUUGAGACCAAGGAUACUUUGAACAUUUUCAAGUACGAUCCCGACUGGGAGCAAAAUGAGGAAAAUUACAAGCGGUUGAAGGCCGAAAUAUUGGGCGAAGACAGCGACGAGGACGAGGACGAAGGUGAUGAAGAUGAAAGCUCGGAUGAGGAAUCGGACGAAGAAGAAAAGAAGAUGGACAUUAAAGAUCAGACCAACACCGAUCUGGUCAACCUGCGCCGGACAAUCUACCUGACAAUCAUGUCUAGUAUUGACUUCGAAGAAUGUUGUCACAAGCUGAUGAAGAUCAACCUCCCCGCGGGGCUGGAGUCUGAACUGCCUUCCAUGAUUAUUGAAUGUUGCUCUCAGGAACGGACAUACUCGAAGUUCUACGGCUUGAUUGGAGAAAGAUUUGCCAAGAUCAACCGCCUUUGGUCGGAUUUGUUCCAGGAGGCCUUUGCCAAAUACUAUGACACCAUACACCGGUAUGAGACAAACAAGUUGCGCAAUAUUGCCCGUUUCUUUGGACACAUGAUCAGCAAUGAUGCCAUUGGAUGGCAUGUCCUUUCUGUCAUUCACAUGAACGAGGAAGAAACUACCUCCAGCAGCCGUAUCUUUGUCAAGAUCCUUUUUCAAGAUCUGGCGGAGCAUCUCGGUCUUCCCGGCUUGCAGGCCCGCUUCAGGGAUGAGAUUCUGCGGCCAAGCUUCGAGGGUCUAUUCCCUACGCAGAACCCACGCCAUACCCGAUUCUCCAUCAACUACUUCACUAGCAUUGGUAUGGGUGUUUUGACAGAAGACAUGCGCGAGCAUCUCAAGAACAUGCCCCGACCUGCCGUUCCGGCACUGCCUGCCCGAACUUCUCGCUCGCCAUCGGCUCGCUCAUACUCAACUUCUUCGUCAUACACCCGUUCAUCUCGUUCUUAUUCACGAUCCCGCUCUCCCUCAUACUCCCGCUCUCCUUCCAGGGAUCGUGGACGUUCUUACUCCCGCUCUGUCUCUCGUUCUUCUCGAGGUCGGAGCUACACUCCAUCUCGCUCCCGCUCCCGCUCUCCCGCUCGGCGGAGCCGCCGAGAUGCCUCAUUUAGUCGGUCUCGAACACCAUCUGAUCGAUCUGGGUCCCGGUCUCGAUCUCGGUCGAGGACUCUUUCACGUACCCCACCGCGGCGUACUCGGCAACGCUCCUACUCUCGCAGUCUUAGCCGAAGCCGCAGCCCAUAUCGUGCUCGUCGCUCUAUUAGCCGAUCCGUCACACCUCCACGUCGAGAAAAAGCCUCUACCUCUCGACGAGACCGUAGCUACUCCCGUUCGGUUUCUCGGUCAGUCUCACCUCCACGUGAAGGCGCAUCAAAGCAUACCAGACGAUAUUCCUCUGCCUCUGUAUCCCCUCCAACUCGUGGAGGGCGUGAUCGACCUGUUUCACUUUCCCGGUCUCGUACUCCCCCACAACGGCGAGACGACUCUCGCGGUCGAAGCUAUUCACGAACGCCGCCUCGUCGCCGAUAG